AUGCACAAGGAAGUCCCAAGCAAGAAGCCAACCAAGGUAACCAGCUCGUUGGCUACAGAGGUAAGGUCACAGGUAAACCCAUGUCCUAGCACUAUUUCUUAUUUUGUUUCUGAAUCCUCUAUUAGAAGUAAGGAAGGUGUGGACCAUGCUCUGUCAAAUGAGGGGAUACAAGGUUCUUUAGUCACCACCCAAAAUGUACCACCAGAACAACAACCCCGAAAUGAUGAUAGAUUGAAACAAACUACCUCCUGGAGCCAGAAUCAAGAGACUCUUAACUAUUGCAGUACAAGUUCAAGUGACCCCCAUCUUACUCUGCCUGAGUUAUCUCAACAAAUUCAAGGGGAGAUUCUUCAUACAGGGAAUGUGUUAAUCCAAUCUUCCCCUAUUCCUAAGGCUCCUAUUAACAUUGAGACUUAUAAUGAAUCAACUAGCCUUGUGGUUGAUCUUUCUGGGAUUCAGGAGAACGACAUAGAGAAAUCAGCUUCCCCGGUGAAAAGCCUCCUUAGUAGCAAAGUGAAGAACAUUGAUGGAAUUCCAAUUGGAACAACAAGAAAGAAAAAACAAAAGCAAAAAUCUCCUAACCUAGGGAAAGUUGGGGUUCCUAAAACCCAGGGUCAGAGUUUGCCCAAACCUAAAUGA